AUCCGGUGGGAUUCCGCUCCUGAGAGAGACACAAGCGGCAGGAGUUGGAGCAAAGGGUUCAAGGAGAGCGAGCGGGAGAGAGAGACGAAGAGGAAGAGGAAGAGGAGGGGGACAUUUUGGCAUUUCGCUCGUAACAGCGCGUUUAUAAUUCGCAAAGAGGAAUAAUGAGGAGCGUUUGGAUAAUUUUGACCCUCGGGCUGGCCGCCUUCCUCUCCGGAGAAAGGAUAGCGGACGCAGCCAAGACGUCCUCUCAGGCCGAUGACUUGUACCUGGACGACGCGGGCUCAGGAGGUUACUACCCCGAGGACGAUGACGACUUCAACUCGGGCUCCGGCUCAGGUGGCGGGGCAAAGGAUGAGGACCAAACGGUCAGUGUGGUUUAUAUCGAGCCCAAAGCAGCGGAACCCACCCAGGACGCCACCAAAGAUUUCACGCCCAAGGUGGAGACGCCAACGGUCAGGGAGCCCAGGAAACCCGUCAGAACAGAGGCCCCGGCGCCAGUUACAGAGGACGCGCAGAGGAACCAGAUGACUAGUACGACUAGUGCCCCCGGCGCCCCCCAGGACGCCAUCGAGGUCCGCACCGAAAACCUCUUCCAGAGGACGGAGGUGCUGGCAGCUGUUAUUGCAGGCGGCGUGAUCGGCUUCCUGUUCGCCAUCUUCCUCAUCCUCCUCCUGGUGUACCGCAUGAGGAAGAAGGACGAGGGCAGCUACGACCUGGGAGAGAGGAAACCCUCCGGCGCCGCCUACCAGAAGGCCCCAACCAAGGAGUUUUAUGCAUAAAAAAACAACCCCAUCCCGCCGUCAGAUGGAAAAAUCGCAAGUGACUGUCAAAAUCUCAGUCCACGGCAACGGAGAAACAACGACAGAAUGUUUUUCAAGUUGAUUAAGGAAAAAAAAUAGCAUAAAGGAAAGCUUUUGCAUAGAGUAUUGUAAUUAAGAUCUUUUCUUUUUCUUAAAAAAAAAGAAGAAAAACAAUUGAAAACCAAGCAUUUUUUUCAUUUUACGGCAAAUCUCAGUGUAUUUAAACAUUUUGUGUAUUAUUUGAAAAACGCUAAAAAAAUAGAAAACCGGAUCUGUAAAGGCGAGGGAUCGCAUCGGGCUUCUGAGCGGUUUCUAGUCGCUGACUACUUUUAAUUGUAGCAGUAUGUUAUUUGUAAAGAAAAAACAAGUUAAAAGUGGAAAUAAUUGAAUAUAAUUAUUCUGUAUCAAUCCUACUUUCAGUUUUUUUUUGUCCUAGCAUGUCUGUUGUUGAUCUCUAAAGGUGUAUUACAUUAAUUUAUCUUUUUUCUCUGAUGUUUUAAAAAACAAAACAAAUUGCCUUUGUAGUUUUGAUGAAGCUCUCCUGUCUCCAUAUUAACGCUGUUAACGGUCAAUGUAAAUGUUCCCCCUUCAGGUUACGAUGUUCAUCAUUUGCAUCAGUUUUUUUUUAGUUCAUCGUGUCCUCUUCAUUUGUUUGUUCUCUUUUCAUUGUAGCCUUUAUUUUCUCUCUUCUUUUCGACAGCUUCACAGCGCAUAUCCACUGCCUCUCUCCUUCCCCCUUUCCUCCCUCGCUCACACCUUUUUCCUCCCGUUGGAGCGAGGCCUGUUAGGUGGUCGGCCCGGGCCGUUAUUGUACCUGUCCCAGAUGCUCCGGGCCCUUGCAUCUGUUCACCAAAGGGCCCUGCGACCGCUCGGACACCGGGUUCCGAUCCCCCCUUGUGCAAAGCACAUACGACACCCGGUUACAGAAAAGAGAAAAACUCCCAUUCUCUCAUCCGUCUUGGUAAAUAAAGCUGCCGUGUCUUUCUGAAUAGUCUCCGUCAAGACACGCGCGUUGAGGGCCGCUCCUGCUUUUUGUUCAGUGGAGGCAUUACAGGAGAGCUUCUGUUGAGAGACGAGUGUGGUGUCAAUGCUCCUGGGUUUAGCCCGUCGCUAGGCCACGUAGUCACAUCAAGGAAAACACCGCUAGAAUGUUUGUAUUCUUGCAUUACGUCUACACAAACCUGCUCCGGAGGGACGUGGAAGUUUUGUCCAGCGGGUUUGUGAAGUUGCCUUUUUCUUUCUCUAAGCUGUACAGUAAUGUGAAGUAGAUUCCGUAGAUGGUCCCAUGGUCCUCACAUCUGAAGCUGUACAUCUCCUUCCUUGGAUUGACCUGUGUUGUAGACUCAUCCUCAGCCUCUUGAUCCCUGUUGUCCACAUCAUAUAGAACCUACGGUACUGAACUAUACUAAAAAACCCAAAGACUCACAGCAUUCCUAUUCUCAGACCCCCCCCCCCCCCCCCCCACAAAAACACACAAAAAAAAAAAAAAAACAAAAGGGGAAAUCAUGUUUUUAACUUUUUCUCUUUUUCUUCCCGAAAUCCGUUUCUUUUUCCUCCUCGCCCCAUAAAAGACCAGGCCUUUGAGUCCAAUUGCUUAUUAGUACAUGAAAAGAUAUAUAAAUAUAUAUAAAUGUAUAUUCACAAAUGUUUUAAACCUUCAAAGUGCCUACCAUUUGGAAAUGUACUUGCUCAAGGAGAGCACGAGGCGGGUGUGCACACGACGGAGGGGUGUAAACGACUUGACUGGCAUUCUGUGAGCAUAGGUGACUGUAAUGGUAACUUUUUUUUAGUCUUACAAAAGCUGACAGUAUUGUACCUAUAAGUUGAAACAACACUACUGAAUAAACAUUGUGGCCUAAUAUCCAA